AUGAUGAUGAUCAUCACAAUCACUUCGGGGCAGCCUUUCUCAGAAAUCAACAACAAUCCACUUCCGCAUCUUCAUGGCCAUCAUCAUGAUCAUUUUAAAACAGUUUCUUCAUCAUCCUCAUCAUCCGAUUCUCAAGAGUCUUCUUCUUUAUUGGCAAAGGCUUUAAUUGAAGAUCGAAAACAAAGAAAGGAAUCACUAUUUUCAGUAUCGGAACACAUUCUACAAUCCUUACCUCUCAUUAAACCCAUGACUGAAUAUGGAGAAGGAGUGUUUGAUUUGUAUGUGAAAACGGCUUUCCUUUCUUAUGCUUGCUUCACUUUUGCUUACUUUGUGUUGAGAAUUGUAAUCAUUCCACUGUUGUUGAAAUUUGGAGGUCCUUUCUAUUGUGAAUAUUUUGAAAAAUCGAUCACUCUGUAUGAACAGGCUCAUCACAGUCAAGUCGUAUUGAGUUUUAUUCAUGCAGUGAUUGCAACGGUGGGAUCUUAUUGGUGUACAAUUCACUUGUUUGGAUUGGAUAUGUUACAUUUUGGAUUGGAAAAUGCCAUGAAUCAACCCUUUGAUCUCGAAAUUUUCAAAACACGACACACUUUUAUUGCAUUGACUUUGGGAUAUUUUGUUGCGGAUUUAACAUUUUAUUUUUUCAAUCAUAUUCAUCCAUUCUCUCCAAAUAGGAAGAGUUUGAGAGAAGUUUAUUUGAGUAUGAAAAAGCAAGCACUUGGAUUGGAUCUUCUUCAUCAUUACAUUUCGUGUAUAGCAUAUAUUUUCUUCUUCUCGCUUAAUGCUGGGAGUUUUUUAAUUAUUUCAUUUGAAAUUAAUGAGGUGUCAACUCCUUUCCUUCAUAUUAGAUACUUUGCAAGACAGUGGAAACAAACAAACAAGUGGUGGUAUCAAUUGAAUCAAGGAUUAUUUGUAGUGACAUUUUUCCUCUCGAGAAUUAUGUACAAUGGCAUUCUGAUGUGUUUUGUUUUGUGGGCUCGCUUUACGUUGGCACAGUUCACUUCAUUCGGACAAAUUACUCUUGCUUCGAGUUUGAUAUUCCCAUUCCUGUAUUAUUUAGUCCAAUUGUUGUGGUGGUUUGCCAUUAUGAAAAUUAUUCUCAACAAGAUCAGAGGUGGAGAUAAGCACAAGGAAGAGUAA